ACAUAAUUUCAGUCCCGCAUGGUACGGGUACAACACAAGUGACCGACCGACGACGACAUCGUUUCUGAAAAAUGCUUUGCSAGAAACAAACAAAAUCUGCAAGCCCGUUUCUCCUCUUCGGAACUGAAUCAACGAAGGACGCUGGAAUAAUUAUCGCUGUCGAUUUCGUUUUGUUUCGAGGAACCAAGCUAAUGGUUUGUGAUCCUCCGAUUCUUCCUUUGGCUGGGCGCAUCCAGACAAUGGUCCCGUUUCUUAUUUUUUGCGUCUUUUACAACUUCGGGGCCRAUGCAUGGGGCCUUUCGUCCAUAGCCAACGAACCCCUGCGUUCCGCAACACCAAACAACGGAGGGGAACAUCGGAGGGAUUUCUUGUGGAAAGGAUUGGYUUCGUCCGCCGCUAUUUUGUCCACGCCCGUGAGCAAGGCGAUUGCAGCCGAAACGGUCGGCAAGGAUCCGGAUUGUGACGAUCGAACGUGCCUCGGAGUGUGGGAUGGUUUGCUGGCAGGUGAGCGAUGAAGGAGAGGUCCAACCAAACAAUUCGAAGGAACUUUUCUAUUUUGCUGCCCGCGAACGAAAMCGGAAUGUACUUCGGAGAUAACGAGGGCCACGAGGUUUUGCUGCGCAAUGUUGGUUGCUGUUCUCACCUUGGGACUCCAUUCUCUUGCCUUUCCGAUCUCGAACCAUGCACACGUGCAUAGACUGCCCCCAUACCAACCCCAAGAUCGGGGGAUUCGUUCCUGGGCUGCCCGGCGGGGGAGCCGGCUGCACCUCGUCCCAGGACGACACCCCCGGGAUAUUUUCCGAGCCGUGGGACUAUUCCGAGUCCCCCCUCGGUCUCGACUAUUCGGACCAGAUGCGGCUGCUCCGUCCCGCCGUCGAAAAGGUGGCCGCGAAGCGCGGGGACGCCUGCGAGAUCCUCGUGCAGGAGGACCGGUACCUCCGGKUGCUGCUCACCGACGGGGUGUCCUUCGAGCGGUCGGUCGCCGAGUUCUACUUCACGCCGAGCGACACCACGGUGCAGUUCCGCAUCGGGAGCUUCUCGUCCGGGGCUCCGAGCGGGAAAACCCUCCUGAGGGGAUCCUCCCUCCGGAACAUCGAGCGGGCCGAGAUGAUCCGAAAGGAGCUCCGCUACCUAAAGCUCCCCGUGCUGCGGAACCGGAAGCGGUCCCUGUUCUUUGUCGAGUCGGAUCUGGAUUCCUUCGGCCCGGGAUCSGCGUCGCUGGGGCCACCGGCCGAGAUGAAGGAGGGGGAAAUCACCGGCCGAUUGAGCGACGACGUCGAUCCCAGRCUCAAGAUCGAUGCCGUCCAGCAAUUUCCGUUUACUAGCAACCGAUAGCAACCAGGGCAAAAAAAUCCCGCGAACCUAAAACCACUAGGUCUUGUUCUGUUUAAACAA